AUGGAGCUGUUACUGAAGGUGGUUGCGCUGAUACUGCGCGUGCUAAACGUCCUACUCGAACCCAUCCUGGCUUGGCUCGGCGGUGAGCAACCGAGGUCCGAACCGUUCCCACCGAUCCGUGACGAGCUGCUGCGCGUACCGGCCACCGAGUUGGCGGAAAUGAUACGCCGGCGUACGGUCAGCUCGGUGGACGUUGUGCGUACGUACGUGCUGCGAAUCCGUGAGGUAAACCCUCUGAUCAACGCCGUCGUCGAGGAGCGAUUCGAGGCGGCCAUCGCUGAAGCGGUAGCUGCGGAUGAGCGUGUGGCAGCAUGCCUUGGAGACGAGAGCCAGCUUGCGGAACUGGCCCGCCAGGUACCACUGCUCGGAGUGCCACUGACGGUGAAAGAAAGCUGCUCGCUGAAGGGUAUGUCCCUUGGAGGUGGUGUUGUGCGCAGACAAAAUCUGACCGCUUCCGAGGAUGGUGAGGCGGUAGGAAGGCUUCGGGCGGCCGGUGCGAUUCCGCUUCUUGUCUCCAACACGCCCGAAUACUGUAUGGCGUUCGAGUCGUACAACUACGUCACCGGAAAGACGCUCAACCCGUACGAUCCGCAGCGAACUGCGGCCGGUUCUUCCGGUGGCGAAGGUGCCCUGCUUGGAGCCGGUGCAUCGCUGUGCGGUAUCGGCAGUGACCUGGGCGGAUCGAUCCGCAUUCCAGCGCUGUUCUGUGGAGUGUUUGGACACAAACCAUCGGCAGGAAUUGUUUCAAUCAAAGGACACCUGCCCGUCUGUGAAGACGCCCACUUUGAUCAGUUUCUAUCGCUCGGACCAAUGUGUCGGUACGCGAAGGAUCUUCCCCUGCUGCUGGAGGUCAUGAGUGGACCGAACGCCAGUAAGCUGCGCCUUGCCGAACCGGUCGAUGUGUCGAAGGUGAAAAUCUACUACCCACAACGGUUAAACCUCACCGUGAAUGCCGUUCCGAUAUCGCCGGAAAUUCGCGAAUCACAACGUACCGCCGUCAAGCACUUCCAGGACAAGGGCAACUACUCGGAACCUCUGAAUUUCCGCUAUUUCUGCGACAGUAUGCAGAUUGCAUCGGCCUUGCUGCAGACUUUGAACAAGUUGCCCAAUGUGUUCGAGUCGAAGAAUCCGAGCCUCCUGUGGGAGCUGGCGAAGGUGGUGUCGCGUCAGUCCGAGCAUACGUUUGCCACCAUCUUCAUGUACUUGCUGUCGGCGACAAAGGCAACGGUGAGCACGGAACAGCAUAAGAAGUACCUGAAGAUGGGCGAAGAGCUCAAGCAGGAUUUCACGAAUAAACUAGGAACUGACGGAGUGUUCCUGAUGCCAUCGUUCCCGAAGCCCGCCCUGCGCCAUUACGAAUCGUUUGGACACGUCACCGGAUUUAUGUACACGAUGAUUUUCAAUGCACUCGGUCUGCCGUCCACUCAGGUGCCUCUCGGGUUUAACCGUCACGGACUACCGGUCGGCAUUCAGGUGGUUGGCGGCCCUAACCAGGAUCGACUGUGCCUUGCCGUUGCGCAGGAGUUGGAGAAGGCGUUUGGUGGCUGGCAGGCGCCAAAAUAGGCCGAUCACACCCAGACACACGUGUCCAUCGUUACGUCUUCAACAAAGAACCAAUAUCAUUGUGUCAUAGAGCACACCUGCCCCGCGGAGGGGAGAUACCGACACUUACCCGGUGUCUGACAUACGAUACGAUUUUCUUGCAUGAAUCCGGAAUAAUCUAAACCUUCGAGAAGUGCACGUGCAAGUAAGAACAGUCAUGUUAUUUACCAAAAUAAAUAUCUAGUUUGUAAGAAUAUAGGUUGUUGAUUGUUAAUUGCAUUUAAUAAUGAAUUUAUAGAUACCUUUUUGGUGUCACAGCUGAUGGAAAU